CAUACAAACGCCUGUGGACGGCAGCGAAACGGGGAAAAAACAAACCGCUCGCCAGCCGCUUCGUGGGACGCAGGACGCCGCAGCCGAGCCGAGGACGGAGCUGGGUUUUGUGGCUACGAGGCGCAGCAGCAGCUCGGCGGAGGACCGGGGCUCGGAGCACGGAGACGUGGAGCCCGCAUCCAGCGAACCGCCGCUGCCCCGCUCCACUCGGGCAGGACCCGGCGCAGCCCCCCCGCUGACUUCCCCCCCGCGCGUCCCCUCCGCCCGACACCCCGACUGGCGUCCAGCCGCGUGCGUGUGGGGAACCCCGACGAGUUCCCCGUGACCUGUACGCUGGGAUGAAAGCCGGGAUCAAAAGUACAGACGCACUGAAGUGAAGACACCUGACCACCAAGGGCGGAGACGAGGCGGACCACACAACGCAGGAGGCCCGGGGAAAUCAUUAACCGCACACAAACACAUUGAAUAGGACUGAGUGAUCGUGGCGUUCGUCCGAAUUUGGAGGGAGACGGCCAUUUUGACACGGCUUCGUUUGUACAGACCCGAUGAGAGAAGCUAACGUCGUCUGCAAUUCUACAGUGAAUCCGUCCAGACCAGACUGGAUCCCUCUCCAGCCUCCGUAUCCCUGAGACCGACAUCCACCUCCAGCCCCCCCCGCCGCUUCGCCCCAUCAGAACCUCCAGCGUCUGACGCAUCUUGCCGCUUCACACCGAGCCACAACACAACAGCCUCAAAGGGGGUCAGCUCCUUCUGGAGACCCCCUUCCUCCCUCCCAAGGCCCCAGGGACGGGACCCCGUCAUGUUUCCCUGACUGACACCCCCCAACCGGCGAAUGACAAGCGUGCAUCCGAGGGUGGGGCUUGCCUCAGUCUCUCAUAAUUGGCUGCUGGAUGGAAUUAAGGUGAAUGGAACACAUGCCCAAGGAGCAGGACUCUAACCCAUCAGAGGGAGAAGAGAAAGGGUGGCUCAAUGGCCCGAAAAGGAAGAGGAAGAACAGCCAAUGUUCGGUGAAGAGUAUGACUGGGUACAUCCCCAGUUACCUCGAAAAGGAUGAGCCAUGUGUGGUGUGCGGGGACAAGGCCACAGGUUACCACUACCGCUGCAUUACAUGCGAGGGCUGCAAGGGUUUCUUCCGAAGGACCAUUCAAAAGAACCUCCACCCCAGCUACUCCUGCAAGUACGACUGCUGCUGCAUCAUCGACAAGAUCACCCGCAACCAGUGUCAGCUCUGCCGCUUCAAGAAAUGUAUUGCGGUGGGCAUGGCCAUGGACUUGGUGCUGGACGACUCAAAGCGGGUAGCGAAGCGGCGUCUGAUCGAGGAGAACAGGGAGCGACGCAAAAAGGAGGAAAUGGUGAAAACCCUCCAGAACCGUCCAGAGCCCACCGGCGCCGAGUGGGAGCUGAUCCGCAUGGUGACGGAGGCCCAUCGCCACACCAACGCUCAGGGCGCCCAGUGGAAACAGAAGCGCAAAUUCCUGCCAGACAAAAUCGGCCAGUCCCCGGUCGCCCCCACGUCGGACGGAGACAAGGUGGACCUGGAGGCCUUCAGCGAGUUCACCAAGAUCAUCACUCCCGCCAUCACCCGCGUCGUCGACUUUGCCAAAAAACUGCCCAUGUUCUCUGAGGUGAGCGGAGGUCAAUGCUCGUUAGGAACCACAGACAACGGCAGAAACAGCCACAGUGUGUUCCAGGAGCAGCUGCCUUGUGAAGACCAGAUCAUCCUGUUGAAGGGCUGCUGCAUGGAGAUCAUGUCGCUGCGAGCCGCCAUGCGCUACGACCCGGAGAGCGAGACGCUGACGCUGAGCGGGGAGAUGGCCGUGAAGCGAGAGCAGCUGAAGAACGGCGGCUUGGGGGUGGUGUCGGACGCCAUCUUCGACCUGGGAAAGAGCCUGGCCCAGUUCAACCUGGACGACACGGAGGUGGCGCUGUUGCAGGCCGUGCUGCUCAUGAGCUCAGACCGCUCUGGCCUGACCUGCGUGGACAAGAUCGAGAAGUGCCAGGAGACCUACCUGCUGGCGUUCGAGCACUACAUCAACUACCGCAAGCACAACAUUCCCCACUUCUGGCCCAAGCUCCUGAUGAAGGUGACGGACCUGCGGAUGAUCGGGGCGUGCCACGCCAGCCGCUUCCUUCACAUGAAGGUGGAGUGUCCCAACGAACUCUUCCCUCCGCUCUUCCUGGAGGUCUUCGAGGACCAGGAGGUGUGAAACACAGUUGCCACCGCGCAAAGGGAAGAGGAAGUCGGGGCAAAAUGGGAGAUGGGAAGGGUCGUCUGUCGUUUUUUCACGGGGAAGGAUGGAGGGAGCGCCCUCUCGGCAGGAAUCUGCAUUUCUCCGACAUCACAUUUACACUAUGUGAUUUAAAAAAACUGGAAACAAUGGAAACAGAAACAACACACCAGCAUCAGGAGAGUCAAGCAAACAAAAGGAUUUUGUUUUUUGAACGCCCUCUCCUCCACCUCUAUCCCCUCCUUUUACUUACCCCUGUUUUGAAAUCCGUG